UCACUAGCAAUAACAUGUGUUUAAGCCAAUAUUUUCGUGUCAAUUUUUUUGUUUAUAAGGACAUUAUCUUACCUUAAAUUAAUCUUCUGUUGUACAGUAUCAUUUGAUAAAAUGACACCUAGAGAAUUUUAGCUUAUCUAUAGUUUUAAUCAAAAUCCCUUUGUUGAAUUCGUAUAACGUAUUCAGUAUCAUAUUCGUAUCGUAUUAAAAAACAUUGAGAAAUUUCCUUUAAAAAUAUAAAUUAAAAAAUGGUGGAAGCAAGUAAGUUGUGGUUCGAAAAGGCGUGUAGUGCUUCCGAGUGUCACAAUCUUAUACAUCCAUGGACCUACAAAUGUACGGAUGCGACUUCGUCAAUGCUUAUCAGCUGUAUAAAAGGAAGUUAUAAGUUUUACGCCAUGGUUUAUGUUCUUCAAAUUCUAAUGCGAGGGAAGAAACUUGGCAAGAAAGAAAUUAUAGAGCAAUUCAAGUUGUAUUUGAAGUCUGGAAUAUUUGGACUCACCGUAGGCAGUUCGUUUGUGACCCUCAACUGUAUAUUCAGGAAGCUUUUCUUCAGCGAGUUCUCGUACUACACGACUGUGUUAUUGCCAUGUACCGUGAGCGGACUGGCCGUGUAUUUCGAGCCGCCCCAUCGAAGAGUAUUGGUGGUCAAUCUCUUUGUGAAUUUGGUGUUUGAAUAUUGGGUUCGAACUUUGGAAAUGAAAGGAUGGCUCCGGCGUUCGCCCCGUAAGGAGACCUUGAUCUUCAUGCUGGGCAGUGCCGUCUUUUUCUAUUUGAUGCGGAGAGACAGAGAGAGCGGCAAACAAACACCUCUAUUCUGGUUUUUCACACCACCACGUGUUUCCAAGGAAACUGGGGAGCCAGUCGGUGGCGUGGAAGGCCGAAGCCCUGCCUGUCCGCACCGGGGUCCUUGUCUGAAUUAUAUAUUAAAGGGUACUUUAAAACUUUUCGGCGUGGGUUGCGCGAUGACCAUGCUCCGUGCAGUAAUACCUAAAAUCCUGACUCCGAUGAAAGCGUUGAAGUCGCUGAGACUGGCCCAUUUGAGACUCGGAAUUUUCUUCGGAGGCUACAUAGGAAUAUAUAGGCUGGUGGUUUGUGCACUGUGUCGAGCGAAUGGCAGGGACAGCGCUUCUUACGCGCUGCCCGCGGGCCUCCUUGCCGGCGCCGCGUUCAGGGCGGCUCCCUCCACGCCGAUCGCAUUGGCCCCCAUCACGUCCUCCCUGCAAAUCCUGGCGUCGUGGGCGUAUCAGCGCGAGAUGUUGCCGGCGAACCUGCCUCUGGUCGAGAUACUGUAUUGCUUGUGUCAGGGGCUGUUGUUCCACGCUCGGGUCAUGCACGAGGACGCCUGCCCCCGGUACAUCAUCAACCUGAUGCACACCGUCACCAGCUCUAAGGCCGAUCAAAUCCAAGGUGCUUUCAUAGAGAAAAUGUUGAAGAGCUUGUGAAGAAUACGCGCUUAGUACAAUUACAACACAUAUUCGAUUAAGAUUGAGAAGAACAAAUGAUUUACCAAUUAUAGUUAUUAAACGUGUUCGCCAGCCACGAUCCGACUGUCAAACCGCCUUUCGUGUCAAUGCUAUAAUGUCAUUGUCGAUUUCUAUUGAAAAACUUGGAAAAUAAGUAGAAAUUUAUUAGCAAGUUUGUAGGGAAAAAAUCCCUAAAAUUAUGGGGAAUUUAAAAGAUAACAACACAUUGUGAGAAACAAUCAAAGAGACUUUUUGGCGGGAACGCGAGGAGUGAAGUUGUGUGAUUUGUUUUAUUUUGUCUAUUUAGUGUUUCUUCAGGUUUAAAUGUGUAA